AUGGCGGAUCGAGACACAAGCGAUUACAGCGACUCCGACGAUGAAGAACGCGGGCCAGAUUUGAGAUGGGAUUUCUUUGAAGAAGUCGUGCUCAAAACACUAUCGAUCAAACAAGAUAAAUGGACUAAAUUUGUCCAAAAUGAAGAUUACAGAAAGGACUUUCUCGAGUUUCUCGAAAAGAGGGAGCGACUGUGGAUUGGAGUUUUGCUACUUCCAUCUGGUCAGUUGGCGACAAUUUUCGAGCCUCCUGCAACUUCCAAAAACAAGGGCGUAUUUUUCUACAAACAAGAAGAAGAGCCAGUUCCAAAAGAAAACAUAAAAAAGUUAGUGGUCUUCGGCGAUUUGUCCUCGCAAUGUCUCGACCAAUUCGGGGCUUUUGUUGACGACAUCAUGGAUGAUAUUCUUGUGCACCACGACUCGGCUACCAGCUGGCCAACAGUCGUAUCAGGAGAUGUGCAAACAAACAUGAAUAAAUUGAAAUCAGAAGUGUACGAAAUUGCCGGAAGCGUAAAGGGUCGGACGCUGUUACCUAUGCCAGCAGGCAUUGAACAGAUAGAAAGCGAUGCACAAAUCCGCGAAGUGAUGGGUGUCAUUGAAGGCAUUGUCAUUAAAUGGGCGCAUCAAAUCAAGACUGUCCUUGAUCUGAAGUCUUCCCAGGCGAUGCUCGACGGAUUUUUUCCGACUCCGCAUGAAGAAUUGCGCUUCUGGUCAGAUCUAACUUCUAAUCUUCAGUGCAUCUAUGAUCAGCUAACAUCCUCGAAGGUUCGCGAAAUUGCUGCCAUUUUGCAGGCCAAGCAAUCGUCAUAUUACGAUUCACUGGCGAUGAUUGGAGAAAAACUCGGUGCACUUCUUCAUCUCGUAUCGCUGAUCUGGGCUACUUCUGAUCACUAUCGGCAUCCUGCAAAGAUUGUCGUUCUUCUCAGUGAAAUUUCAAACUUCGUCAUCGACUUGACGAAGACAUUCAUUGACGCCGAUUCCAUCCUCAAAGGAGAACUCGACGAAUCCUACGAUUUGAUCAAGACAGCGCUCAAAACCCUUCGUCGCUUCAAAGAAAUGUAUUUUGACUACUCUUCAAAAUUGCCCGAAUAUUUCAAAAAAACUGGCAAAAAGGUCGUUCUUUGGGACUUUCGACCAGAACUUGUCUUUCAUCGUUUUGAUCGUUUUGUGAAGCGAAUAGAGCUCAUCGAGGAAUUCUUCUUGUCAAGUAUUUCGAUGAUGAACCUUGAGAAAGUCGAAAUUGGCGGAUCACAUGGCUCUGUCCUAUCAGCAAAGGUCGGACAAAUCUAUGAAGAGUUUCAACUGCUUCAUUCCAAGAUCGCCGACGCCGAGGUUGAUCCACUCGAUCACGAUGAUCAAAAAUAUGAACGACUCUACUCACUUUUCAAGAAAAAGCUGUACGACUUAGACAGACGGCUAGGAGCAGUUCUUUGCGAAGCUUUCGAGGAUUGCGUUAGCGUCGAAAGCAUGUUCAAACUUAUCGCGAUCGCAAGCUCGUUGAUUGACAGAAAAGUCAUUGGCGAGGAUUUCGAUCCAAAGUAUAAAGAACUCGUCGGACAAAUGGAAAUCGAGAUAGAACAAGCGAAAGAGAUCUUUGAAGAACAAAAGAGUGAUCCACCCCUUUAUAAAAAUCAGCCACCUACAGCGGGAAAAAUUCGAUGGGCAGAAGACUUGCUGCAACGAGUCAAGACUCCAAGAGAACGCUUCUUUCUCCUCGAUCAUCCUUUCGUCAAAAAUGAUGAAGCCAAGCUUGUUUUUAAGAAAUUCGACGAGUUUGAAAAAUUAAUUGUUGACUUCAAAGAUGCGACAUACAGACAGUGGGUUGCGAAGGUCGAUGAUGAUUGCCAAUUUAACCUUACGAAGCCCUUGCUAAGCAGAGAUGAAGAGACCAAACUUAUAUCCGUAAAUUUUAAUUCGAAACUAGAAGCUGUUCUCCGCGAAGUACGGUACUUGGGAUAUCUUGGCUACGAUAAGCUUCCAACAUCUGCAGAGAACUUGUACCAGAAAGAUGAAACAUUCCGUACAUGGGUUUCUUCGCUCCGUCAAACUGUGCAUUGGUACAAUAAGAUCAGAACGACAAUUCUUGAAGUCGAGUUUCCACUGGUCGAAGCUCAGCUAGCAUCCAUUGAUCAGUUGCUCUCAAGAGGAGAAAAAGACCUAAGCUGGUCCACAGAUGUCUACGACUACAUUAAGCAAAUCUAUGAAGCUGUUUCCGAUUUACAAGUUCGCACUCAACGAGCUACUGACAACGUCACUAAGAUUGAGGAAAUAAUGGCCACAUGGAUGAGUAGUACGAUUUUCGAGCGAAAGAGUGAUACUAAAGAACCAGGACUAAUUAACUUGGCGAAUAAAGAUGAUCGAAUCCAGAAACGAUACGAAACAAUUAAAGCCAAUGGCGAAGAGAUCGUCAACCUUCUUGAAGAAAAUAUCCAACAUUUCAAGGCUGAUCCCGCGAACGCCGCCUGGGCUGCAUACAAAGAGUUUAUCGACGAAAAAAUCGUUGAAGGUUUCUACAAUGCUAUUUCCUUUAAUCUCGACUUCAUGAUGUCCAACAUGUCGACUGAUGUUCAACCAUUUUUCGUUGCUGAUCUGGAACUCCAUGCUCCCGAUCUGGUAUUUAUUCCAAGUCUGAAUCCAGACAAGCACGGAGGACUGCAUGACAUCGUUGAUGAUGUUAUUAGUGACAUUUACAAGAUUUCUUCUCUUAUGAAGAGAAUAAGCGGCACUGAGAGCUACCAAGAUCUUAUGGAAAAUCACUCGACGCUUGGAGAAAUGAGAAAUGAUAUAAUGUCUCGUGUCCGGAAAGUUAUCACGGAUGCGGCGAUCUUUACGAAAGAAUUUGAUUCGUAUUCCUACCUGUGGCAUGACGAUUCCCAGGAAUUCUUGCGACAGUUCCUCACAUACGGUCAUAUUUUGACGGAAGAAGAGAUCCAAGCGCAUGCAAUUGAAGGCAUCCCUGAAACUCCGCCCGAAUUAGAUCAAUUUAAAGAGCAAAUCGACUCUUACGAAGACCUCUUCGAACAUUCUCUGCUUAAUAUUGUGAAGAAAUGGUCGUUUAUGUUCAAGGACCAUUUGAUUAAUCAUAUCGAAAAGAGCCUUGUGGACCUUGAAGACUUCAUUGCCGACACGGAUCUAGGGCUGUCUAAGCCUGUCCAGGACGGAGAUUUCGAAUCACUUGUUACAACGAUGGGUCACAUCAAAGAGUGUAAAGAGCGCCAAGAAAAGAACGACACUAUGUUUGAACCUCUCAAAGCAUCGAUUGAGCUUCUAAAGACUUACAAUCAUGAAAUGUCGGAAGACGUCUACCGCCAGCUCAGCGACUUACCUGAGAAAUGGUCGAACACGAAAAAGAUACUUGUGGGUGCGAAACAAAAUGUUGCUCCAUUGCAGAGCGCGCAAAUGACCAAAAUCAAGAACGAUUCAAAUGAAUUCAACACAUUACAGUUUGUUCACCGUGAAGGCUUUAGAAAGCUGAACAUGUUUAACUUUGCGUCAGAAGAGCCAUAUGCUGAGAUCAAUGUGGCGCACGCGGAAAUAAAGCAAAUGGAAGAUCACAUGCAAGAACUUGAAGAUAAUGCAAACUUAUUCGAGGUCAACUUACCGGAGUUCAAGCAGUUGCGAGCUUCAAGGAAGGAUCUUGGCCUGGUUAAAGAGGUUUGGGAUCUUACAAAGAUCGUCACCUCUUCGAUGAGUGACUGGAAAACAACACUUUGGAAGCAGAUCGACAUUGAAACGAUGGAAAACGAUACCAAACGUUUCGCAAAAGACAUCCGUAAAGUUGAUAAAGAAGCUCGAGGAUGGGAUGUUUUCGCAGGCCUUGAAACUGAAGUAAAGAACAUGAUCACCUCGCUGAGAGUUGUUGCCGAGCUACAAAAUCCCUCGAUUAGAGAUCGUCAUUGGCACCAGUUGAUGAAUGCGACCGGAGUCAGAUUCACGAUGGACGAAAAGACAACAUUGUUUGACCUCCUGAAUCUCAACCUUCAUCAACACGAAGAAACUGUCCGUGAAAUCGUCGAUAAGUCUUCUAAAGAGAUGGGCAUGGAAAAAAUGCUUAAAGAUCUGGAACAAACUUGGUCUGCUCUUGAAUUCGAGACCGAUAAACAUGGAGAAACAAUGCUCAUUCGAUCUUCAGAAGAUCUCGUUGAGGUUCUAGAAGACAACCAAGUCCAGCUUCAGAACUUAAUGAGUUCGAAAUACAUCGCUCACUUCCUUGAAGCAGUAUCGGGUUGGCAAAAGCAACUUUCGACGACGGACUCAGUCAUGUCGUUGUGGCUUGAAGUUCAACGUACGUGGUCCUACCUGGAGAGUAUUUUCAUUGGUUCCGAGGACAUUCGACGACAGCUUCCCGAAGAUUCUGAUAGAUUCGAUGGAAUCGAUCGUGAUUUUAAAGUAAUCAUGAAAGAAGCCGAAAACGAUCUCAAUGUUGUGAAUGCUACAAACAAGGAUGGUCUAUUCGAAAAACUAGAAUCUCUUCAAGAAAGGCUCACACUUUGCGAAAAGUCUCUUGCUGAAUACUUGGAGACAAAACGGCUUAUUUUCCCUCGAUUUUACUUCGUGUCUACGACAACCCUGCUCGAUAUUUUAUCGAACGGUAACAAUCCACGGGUAAUAGCCAAGCAUUUAUCGAAGCUUUUCGACAACACGACCGAUUUAAAGUUCAAAGGAGAGUCAAAAUCGGCGAUUGGGAUGUUUUCCUCGGAACGGGAGUACGUUGAUUUCCAAGAAGAGUGUAAUUGCGAUGGUCAAGUUGAGGUUUGGCUCAAUCGGGUAAUGGACUCAAUGCGCGCUGCAGUGAGACAUUAUCUGGCGGAAGCCGUCGUUACGUAUGAAGAAAAAGCGCGUGAGAAAUGGCUUUUUGAUUAUGCAGCUCAAGUGGCGCUCACGACAACUCAGAUUUGGUGGACGACAGAAGUUGGAAUCGCUUUUGGUCGCCUUGAAGAAGGCUAUGAGAACGCGAUGAAAGAGUACUCAAAGAAGCAAAUUACUCAGCUCAACAAUCUUAUCACAUUGCUACUUGGUGACCUUAGCAAGGGCGACCGACAGAAAAUCAUGACAAUUUGUACGAUAGACGUUCACGCGCGUGACGUUGUGCUUGGUCUUAUCUCGAACAAGACUGACAACUCACAGGACUUUAUUUGGCAGCGUCAGAUGCGGGCGCGAUGGGACGAGUCUCAGCAGCAUUGCUUUGUAAAUGCGUGCGAUGCUCAAUUCAAGUACUCGUACGAGUAUUUGGGGAAUACGCCCAGACUUGUUGUAACUCCAUUGACGGAUCGAUGCUAUAUUACGCUCACACAGUCCUUGCACUUGAUUAUGGGCGGGGCUCCGGCGGGACCUGCCGGUACGGGUAAAACAGAAACGACGAAAGAUCUUGGAAGGGCGAUCGGGAUCAAAGUCUACGUGUUCAACUGCUCUGAACAAAUGGAUUACAAGUCUGUUGGCAACAUCUACAAAGGCCUGGCACAAACUGGCGCCUGGGGUUGCUUCGACGAGUUCAAUCGAAUCGCCAUCGAAGUACUCUCAGUCGUUGCGGUGCAAGUGAAAACAAUCCAAGAUGCAAUCAAGGACAAAAAAGAGCGUUUUGUCUUUGAAGGAGAAGAAAUUCAACUCGUCCCAACAGUUGGCAUCUUCAUCACAAUGAAUCCCGGAUACGCCGGCCGAACAGAACUACCUGAAAAUCUUAAAGCUCUCUUCCGUCCAUGCGCUAUGGUUGUUCCCGAUUUUGAACUCAUCGCUGAAAACAUGCUGCUCGCGGAAGGCUUUUUGGAAGCGAAAUAUCUGGCAAAGAAAUUUAUCACGCUGUACACUCUUUGUAGAGAGCUGCUCUCGAAGCAAUUUCACUACGAUUGGGGCUUGAGGGCGAUCAAAUCUGUUCUUGUUGUUGCCGGCAAACUCAAACGAGACGACAGACAGCGACCGGAAGAUCAAGUUCUCAUGCGAGCACUGAGAGAUUUCAACGUCCCGAAAAUCGUGACUGACGAUAUGCCGAUCUUCCUAGGCCUCAUUGGAGAUCUCUUCCCUGCUUUGGAUGUUCCAAGAAAGCAAGAUAUUGAGCUUGAAAAAAUGGUUAAAAAAUCGGUGCUUGACUUGAAAUUACAGGCAGAGGACUCUUUCUGUCUCAAGGUUGUCCAGCUGGAGGAACUUCUAAAUGUGCGGCAUUCAGUCUUUGUGAUUGGUCACGCUGGAACUGGAAAAUCCAAAAUUCUCAAAUCACUUCAGCGCACCUAUCAGAAUAUGAACAGGAAACCAGUGUGUGUUGACUUAAAUCCAAAGGCGGUUUCUAAUGAUGAGCUUUUCGGAGUGAUCAAUCCAGCCACUCGAGAAUGGAAGGAUGGCCUCUUUUCGACGAUCAUGAGAGACAUGGCUAACAUUAGUCAUAAUGGACCGAAAUGGAUUUUGCUUGAUGGUGACAUCGAUCCUAUGUGGAUUGAGUCCCUGAACACGGUGAUGGAUGACAACAAAGUACUCACUCUCGCGUCAAAUGAGCGAAUCCCACUCAAUCCAUCAAUGCGACUUGUUUUUGAAAUAUCGAGUUUGAGAACAGCCACUCCAGCUACUGUUUCCCGAGCUGGUAUACUGUUUCUUAACGCAAGUGACCUUGGCUGGAAUCCCAUUGUGACAUCGUGGAUUGAAACCCGCGAAAUUCAAGCUGAACGAGCGAAUAUGAUCAUACUGUUCGAGAAAUAUGUUCCACCUUGUUUAGAAGCUCUGCGAACGAAAUUCAAAACGAUCACUCCUAUUCCCGAGACGGCGUACUUGCAUAUGCUUUGUUAUCUGAUGGAGAGCCUCCUUACUCCUGAAAACGCGCCAGAGGGCUCAACAAAAGAUAUCUACGAGCUAUACUUUGUUUGGGCUUGCGUAUGGGCCUUUGGCGGUGCUUUGUUCCAGGAUCAGCUUGUGGAUCAUCGAGUGGAGUUUUCCAAAUGGUGGUGCGCUGAGUUCAAGACUAUCAAGUUUCCAACAGCGGGAACUGUAUUCGACUAUUACAUCUCUCCCGAACGCAAGUGGUGCCACUGGUCUGAGAAAUGUGCGGAAACUCAAUUCAACUACGACCCGGAUAUGCCACUUCAGGCUACUAUGGUACCAACUGCAGAGACCACAAGAGUUCGAUUCUUUAUGGACAUGCUCAUGGAACGCAAAAAGCCAGUCAUGCUCGUUGGAGGCGCUGGGUCCGGCAAAACCGUGUUGAUCCAGUCAAGACUUUCAAGUUUUGGGGAGGAUUACGUGAUCACAAAUGUGCCGUUUAACUUCUACACUUCCUCGAUGAUGUUGCAAAAUGUACUAGAAAAGCCGCUAGAGAAAAAAGCUGGGCGAAAUUUCGGGCCCCCAGGAUCUCGUAAACUCGUGUAUUUCAUCGACGACAUGAAUAUGCCAGAAGUUGAUGAAUAUGGAACGGUCCAACCUCAUACACUUAUUCGACAGCAUCUAGACUACAACCACUGGUACGACAGAAGUAAACUUACCCUCAAGGAAAUUCAUAAUUGUCAAUAUGUUGCUGCUAUGAACCCAACUGCCGGUUCUUUUACCAUCAAUCCGCGCUUGCAACGACAUUUUUCUGUUUUCGCCAUUUCAUUCCCUGGAGGAGAUUCGCUGGAAAACAUUUACAAACAGAUUCUGACUCAGCAUUUGACACUUAAUAAGUUCCAUCCUUCUGUCAUAAAACACUCAGAUGCAAUCAUCAAGGCUGCUCUUGCUGUGCACACGCGCAUUUCAUCGACCUUUUUGCCCACACCAAUCAAGUUCCAUUACAACUUCAACCUGCGCGACCUCUCCAACAUCUUUCAAGGUGUUUUAUUCGCCAUUCCAGACAUGAUUAAAACUCCACUUGCGCUGAGCCGACUAUACAUGCACGAGGCUACGCGUGUUUACCAUGAUAAAUUCACCGACGCUAAAGAUAUGGAGACUUUCGACGAGGUUCUGCGUGAUAUAGCAGUCAAAACAUUCGACGACAUGGAAGCAAGUGAACUGAUGGCUUCGCCUAACAAGUUCUGUCACUUUUCUGUGGGCAUCGGAGAACCUAAAUACGGCCAAGUAGAAAGCUGGGAAUCCAUCAACAAAAUCCUAGUUGAUGCUCUUGAGGCUUACAACGAUGUCAAUGCCGCGAUGAAACUUGUACUCUUUGAAGACGCGAUGAGCCACGUUCUCAGAAUAAAUCGUAUCCUCGAAAUGCCCAGAGGAAAUGCUCUCCUUGUUGGUGUCGGCGGUUCAGGAAAACAGUCGCUGUCUAGACUCGCUGCUUAUAUCUCCGGCCUUGAUGUCUUCCAGAUUCAGCUUCGAAAGGGCUACGGAAUCGGUGAUCUCAAAGUCGAUCUCGCAUCACAGUACAUCAAAGCUGGAGUUAAGAACCAACCAAUCAUGUUUUUAAUGACUGAUGCGCAAGUUCCACAAGAAGAUUUCCUUGUACUCAUUAACGAUUUACUUGCUUCGGGUGAGAUUCCUGGGCUUUUCGCGGACGAUGAAAUCGACGAAAUCAUAAGUGCUGUGCGAAAUGACGUUAAAGCCACGGGAAUGGAUGACUCAAGAGACAACUGCUGGUCUUUCUUCAUUGAUCGGGUUCGUCGAACGCUUAAGGUUGUGCUUUGCUUCUCACCAGUUGGAACGAAGCUUCGUGUACGAGCACGAAAAUUUCCAGCACUAGUCAAUUGCACUUCUAUAGAUUGGUUCCAUGAAUGGCCAGAAGAAGCUCUCAGAAGCGUGUCUCUAAGAUUCCUUUCUGAGAUAGAAGAGGUCCCAGAAGAGCUCAAAGUCUCCGUUUCCGAAACAAUGUCAUUUGUCCACUCUAAAGUCAAUGAAAUGUCGACAAUCUAUCGCGAAAACGACAGGCGAUACAACUAUACUACGCCGAAGUCAUUCUUGGAACAAAUCAAUCUCUACCAAAACCUUCUAAAAAUGAAACGCGAUGAGCUUUUGGCUAAUAUGGAACGUCUUGAAAAUGGCCUUGAGAAACUUCGCUCGACAAGUAGUCAAGUUGACGACUUGAAAGGAAAAUUAGCAUCACAAGAAGUCGAGCUAAAUGUCAAAAAUGAUAACGCAGAUAAAUUGAUCAAGGAGGUUGCAAUCAAAAAGGAACUUGUCGAUAAAGAAACUGCGGCGGCGGAAAUCGAAGAAGAAAAAGUUAAGGUUAUCCGCGAAGAAGUCGCCAUCAAGCAAGCUGACUGCGAAAAAGAUUUGGCUGCUGCUGAACCAGCACUCAUUGCUGCGAAAGCGGCCCUUGAUACAUUAAACAGGGGCAAUUUGACUGAAUUAAGGGGGUUUUCAAAGCCCCCGGAUGGCGUCGACAAAGUAACAGCCGCAUGCAUGGUUUUGCUUGCACCAGGUGGAAAGAUUCCAAAAGACAGAAGCUUCAACGCAGCAAGGAAAACUCUCAUGACAAAAGUUGACGAUUUCUUGAAUAACCUUAUCAACUAUGACAAAGAAAAUAUUCCUGAAAGUGCCCUAAAUGCUGUGAAGCCAUAUUUGAAUGAUCCAAGUUUCGACCCUAAAAAAAUAGAGAAGAAAUCUGUUGCAGCAGCCGGACUGUGCGCUUGGGCCAUAAAUAUUGUCGAGUACUAUAGGAUUUUUUGCGAUGUUGAGCCAAAAAGGAUCGCACUUGAAGAAGCAAAUGAGAGAAAAGCCGAAGCGGAGGAUAAAUUUAACAAAAUUCAAGAGAAGCUUCAGAAUCUUCGAGACAACAUGAAAGAACUAACUGAUCGAUACGAUGCUGCUACAGCUGAAAAACAAAAAUGCCAAGAUGAAGCUGAUCAAACCGCAGCGACGAUUGCGCUUGCGAACCGACUUGUUUCCGGACUUGCAUCAGAGAAUGUUCGAUGGGCUGAAGCCGUUGAAACAUUCCAAAAGAAUGAGAAGAUGCUUCCAGGAGACGUUCUUCUUAUAACUGCUUUUAUCAGCUACUUCGGGUACUUCACUAAAGCUUACCGUCGAGAGAUGCUAGACGAUCACAUCUUACCCUUCAUCAAAUCGUUAAAAACACCGAUCCCGAUAACAGAAGAUCUUGAUCCUAUCAGAAUGCUGACAGAUGACGCCACGGUUGCUGGAUGGAAUAACCAAGGACUUCCAGCCGAUAGGAUGUCCAUGGAAAACGCGACAAUUUUGUCUACUUGCGAUCGAUGGCCUCUGAUGGUUGACCCCCAACUUCAAGGUAUCAAGUGGAUCAAGAAGAAGUUCGAAGGUAGUGGCUUUCAUGUCGUCCGACUUGGCAAUAAAGGAUAUCUUGACACAAUUGAGCGUGCUGUUUCAAAUGGAGACACGGUUCUUAUUGAAAACCUCGGUGAGACAACAGAUCCUGUUCUUGACCCAUUGCUCGGACGAAACACCAUCAAAAAGGGAAGAUUCAUUCAAAUUGGAGACAAAGAAGUUGACUUCAAUCCUAACUUCCGUUUGAUUCUGCAUACAAAACUCGCAAAUCCUCACUAUCAACCAGAAAUGCAAGCUCAGUGCACACUUAUAAAUUUCACAGUGACUCGAGAAGGACUAGAGGACCAACUUUUGGCAGAUGUUGUUGCUGCUGAACGACCUGAUCUUGAAGCAGAGAAAGCGAAACUUACAACACAACAAAAUGAGUUCAAAAUCACACUGAAGGGACUCGAAGAUAACCUUUUGGCGAGACUAUCGUCUGCUUCUGGAAAUUUCCUCGGUGACCAUGAGCUUGUCGAAAACUUGGAGACAACGAAGAGAACUGCUGCCGAGAUUGAAAUUCAAGUUGCAGAAGCUAAAAUAACCGAAGAAAAGAUUAAUCAAGCUCGUGAGAACUAUCGCCCUGCGGCAAAUAGAGCAUCUCUUCUCUACUUUAUUCUUGACGAUUUGAACAAGAUUCACCCGAUGUACCAAUUCUCCCUGAAAGCUUUCAAUGUAGUUUUUGCGAAGUCAAUUGAGAGAGCUGAACAAGCUGAGCAAGUUAAAGCGCGUGUUGCUAAUCUGAUUGACUCGACCUCAUAUUCAGUCUAUAUUUAUGCUUCUCGAGGUCUUUUUGAAAAGGACAAGUUGACUUUUACGGCGCAGAUGGCAUUCCAAGUUCUUUUGAAUAGAGGUGAAAUCGCCCCAGCAGAACUCGACUUUUUGCUACGCUUUCCAACAAAGUCAAAUGUAACCAGUCCUGUCGACUUCUUGAAUGAUCAACUCUGGGGAGGUGUCCUAUGUCUGUCAGAAAUGGAUGAAUUCCGUGGAUUGGAGAAAGACAUCGAGGGUUCAGCUAAACGAUGGAAGAAGUUUAUCGAGUCGGAAGCUCCUGAGAAGGAGAAAUUCCCUCAAGAAUGGAAAAACAAAUCACCGCUCCAAAAACUCUGCAUGAUGCGUUGUUUUAGACCCGAUCGGAUGACUUAUGCAGUUACUGAAUUCAUUUCAGAUAAACUCCACCCGAAAUACACUGAAAAUAGAUCAGUUCCAUUUUCUCAGUCAUUUGAAGAAACUGGCCCUGCCACUCCAACAUUCUUCAUUCUCUCGCCUGGUGUUGAUCCUCUCAAGGAUGUAGAAGCACUUGGCAGAAAACUCGGCUUCACUUUCGCAAAACGAAACUUUCAUAACGUCUCUCUCGGACAAGGACAAGAAGUUGUAGCGGAGCAAGCGAUGGAACAAGCAGCGAAGGAGGGGCAUUGGGUUAUUCUUCAAAAUGUUCACUUAGUGGCGAAAUGGCUGCCGACUCUCGAAAAACUUUUGGAAGAAUACGCUGAAGGCUCUCAUCCAGAUCUUCGUGUAUUUUUGUCAGCCGAACCAGCUGGUUCGCCAGAAUCUCAUAUCAUCCCGCAAGGCAUACUCGAAAACUCAAUCAAGAUCACAAACGAACCUCCAACUGGAAUUUUGGCAAAUUUACAUAAAGCACUUGACAAUUUCAACCAGGAAACCUUGGAGCAGUGCUCAAGAGAGAACGAGUUCAAAUCAAUUCUGAAUUCCGUUUGCUAUUUUCACGCUGUUGUAUCAGAGCGUACGAAAUUUGGUCCUCAAGGUUGGAACAGAGUUUACCCGUUCAAUGCUGGAGAUCUUACGAUCUCAAUCGACGUUCUGCUGAAUUAUCUUGAAGUUAACUCGAAAGUCCCAUGGGACGAUCUUCGAUAUCUCUUUGGCGAGAUCAUGUAUGGCGGGCAUAUCACUGACGAUUGGGAUCGAAGACUUUGCAGGACGUAUCUGCUUGAGUAUAUGAGCCCCGAGCAACUCGAAGGAGAGCUAUUCCUCGCACCAGGUUACGCAGUUCCACCAAACUCGGACUAUCAAGGAUACCAUGCGUAUAUUGACGAGAAUCUCCCACCUGAAAGUCCUUAUCUUUAUGGACUGCAUCCGAACGCAGAAAUAGGAGUGCUUACAAAAACCUCUGAGAAUCUUUUCCGAACGCUGCUCGAGAUGCAACCCAAAGACGCCGCUGCAAGUGGCGAGGGAGCAGUGACAAUGGAAGAGAAAGUACAGCAAAUUCUAGAAACUAUCGCAGAGAAGCUGCCAGAAGAAUUCGUCAUGUACGAGCUAGCUGGUAGAGUCGAAGAGGUUACUCCAUAUACAGUAGUUGCACUGCAAGAAGCCGAACGUAUGAACAAUCUGUUGAACGAAAUUUCAUCAUCGAUCAAAAGCGUAAGCUUAGGGCUCAAGGGUGAACUUACAAUCACGCCAGCGAUGGAAUCGUUGAUGAAUUCGUUCUUUAUCGACCAAGUGCCAGAGUCCUGGCAGAAACUUGCCUACCCAUCUAUGCUUGGCCUAACUGCCUGGUACGACGACUUUUUGAGCAGAAUUCGAUUCUUGGAAGCAUGGGUUACUGAUUUCGCAAUGCCUAAUACUGUUUGGUUGGGUGGCCUUUUCAACCCGCAAUCCUUCCUGACUGCUAUUAUGCAAAGCAUGGCCAGAAAGAACGAGUGGCCGCUCGAUAAGAUGGCACUUUCUGUUGACGUACUCAAAAAAACCGUAGAAGAUAUCCAGGCGCCACCUCGAGAGGGAACUUACUUGAGCAAUCUGUUCAUGGAAGGCGCUCGCUGGGACUCACAAGCUGGCUGCAUCGCUGAGAGCAAAUUGAAGGAUCUUCUCCCUGCGAUGCCUGUGCUUUACGUGAAAGCUGUGCCCAUCGACCGACUAGAGACUAAGAAUAUGUACGAAUGUCCUGUCUACAAAACACAAGACCGCGGUCCUAACUUCGUGUGGACAUUCAACCUGCGCACAAAAGAUCACGAGAACAAAUGGAUUUUGGGAGGAGUUGCUCUUCUCCUUCAGAACUAA